AUGCAGACUUCAACCGCAAAUACGAUGAAUGUAGGAUUAGGACUGGAUAUUGAGCCUCAUGCCUACACGAGCGGUCGCUGGUUGCGGCGUGACAAACUGGAGACGGGCUCGCGCUACAUCGAAUUCAACUUUGGCGCCCUUUGCCAGAAGGUUAUUGAGCUAUGUCCAGGAGCAAGUGCUAUCGUAGCUUGUCAAAAAAUUGAAGGAGGCUUUAAUAGGGUCUUUAUUUUCACAUUGAACAAUACUAAGAAAAUAGUGGCCAGGCUCCCGUUUCAGCUGGCAGGACCUACCAGGCUGACCACCGUUUCUGAAGUUGCCACGGUUAGCUACUUACAAGCAAAGACGAGUAUCCCCAUACCAAAAAUUCUCGACUGGAAUCAUGAUGCAAGUGACAUAAAUAAUACUGUUGGUAGCGAAUACAUAAUUAUGGAGCAUGCAACUGGCGUCCCACUGCACGAAAAAUGGCAGACAAUGUCAGGCGACCAGCAAGUUAGGUGCAUAGAUGCAAUCUACCGGACGACAAAGGAAAUAGUUAAUUUGGAAUUCCCAGCUUUUGGGAGUAUAUACUUUGACAAUGUUCUUGGCUCUGCUUGCAAACAGCUGUUAGUUAAUGGUUUCUGUGUUGGCCCUCACUGCAGUAGUCGGUACUGGGAUUGUGAUGCCGGGGAACAGAGGUAUUAUUACUACGCGAAAAAAAAUUACGGACCGUGGCUGAGUAUUGGCGAAUACUGUGAUGGACUUAUCGACGCCGGUCUAUCGCGGGUCCCUCCAGUGGAUGCAGAGCCUGAGAAGAGACCAAUCUAUUAUGGAUCGGCUAAAACACAUUUGGGCCUUCUUGAAUGUGCCCGGUCUGUGCUAAAACAAAUGGCCAUGGAUCCUCGAAUCCGUAAUUCUGCCACGCCAGUGUUGUUCCACCCAGACCUACAUAUAAGGAAUAUAUUUGUUUCGGAAGACAACCCUUCUGUUAUUACGAGCAUUAUUGAUUGGCAGGCAGCUAGCAUUGAACCGGCGUUUUGGUACUCAAAUAAGAUUCCGGACUUUGCAACAGGGAGUGAAACAUGCACAAAAGCUUUUGAACUCUCUUCGCAGUUCCUAACGCCCAAACUCUCAGGCCCAAGGCUGAUGAAUGACAGCCUCUUUCGACCAUUUCGUUAUUGUUAUAGGACAUGGAAGGAUGGUGCAGUGGCCCUACGCCAUGAGAUAAUUAAAACUACUCGGCUUUGGAAAGAGCUAGGAUUUAAAGGUCAAUGUCCUUACUCUUUACCCGCACCAGAAGAACUUGCGAACCAUGAGAAGGAAUACAAGCUUUUUGAAGCGGCACAGCAUUUGCGGACUGAUUUGUCUGGCUUACUAAAUACAGCAUCAGACGGUUGGGUGCCUUCAGAUAGUUGGAAAGCGACUAAAAUAGCCCACAAGGAACUCUUCGAUGGGAUGUUGCAGGCCGUUUUAUCGAACCCAGAUUUGGAUGAUGAUGAACCAGUCAAAGAUGAAUUAACUCUAAGGUCAAUCUGGCCAUUUGACAUUGACUAA